AUGCCGGCUGACACAGCUCACACUCAGACUGCCUUAAGCCGAUUCAUCGAUGAUGUUACCCUGAAAGUCAUCGAAACUUGCGUGGUGGGCAAGUUAAGAGAAAUAAUGGACCCGAUGUCUAUCUUCAAGCUGGACGACGAUAGUACCGGCCGCUUCGCUGGCGAGACGGAAAAGUGCCGAACCACUCGAGAGGAGCUGAAGGCCAAGCUGAGAGCCCUACAUAAUGGCAGCAAUGUUUGCAAUAAACUUGCCGUCCCCUUCGUCCAUGCUUUGUAUGCUGAAACGGAUGGCGAAGGUGGCGUUGAUCAAGACGACGAUUUUUUCAGCGAUACGGGAAGUGAAGACUUUGUCUCAACAGGAGGAAUACCACCGUAUAACAUGAAAAACGGGCACCGUUCUCCCAGCCCUGCGCCUGAGGAGCCCACCAAAGAGAAAUUAGACGACGAAUGGGAACGUCUUACUACGUCUAGAAGUAAGAAUGACAUGACGAAUAUGAAGAAGAUGAAGGCCUCGCUGGUCGGAGGAGCUUAG